AUGUUUUCAAGUGAUAAAGAGAAAUUGAAACAGAACCACAGUUCUGUUAUGAAUCGUUGUUAUCGAAAUCAGAUAUUAGCUGCCAUAACAGCAUUUGCUCAUGGCAUUGGAGUUGGUUGGACUUCACCAACCCUGCGUCAACUACAGUCCGAAAAUUCACCCACUAAUUUUGUGAUAACAGUUAAACAAGUCUCCUGGAUUGGUUCUUUGUUCGGUUUAGGUUCACUAGCAGGAAAUAUAGUAUUUGGUUUGCUUCUAAAUCGCAUUGGACGAAAAUGGUGCCUGUAUUUAUUAGUUCUGCCUAAUAUGAUGGGCUGGAUUUUAAUAUUAUUUUCCAAAAGCUAUAUUUAUCUGUAUGUGGCAAGAUUUUUAACUGGCAUUACUGGUGGUGGCAUGUUUGUGGUAGUACCGAUUUUUAUUAGUGAAAUUGCAGAUCCAAGUAUACGUGGAGCUUUAUCCUCAAUGGCAAUGUUGUUUUUAAGUUUUGGCAUUAUGUCGGGAUUUGUUUUGUCAUCACAUCUGGAUUAUUAUCUAAAUCCCUGCAUAAUAAUUAUAUUUCCCAUAAUAUAUUUGAUAGCAGUUGCUCAAUUUCCGGAAACACCGCAAUAUCUGUUGAGAAAACAUCAUGAAGAUAAGGCCCAUAAAGCUUUCGUGUUUUAUAACAAUUUACCAAAGUACAAGAGUAUUGAAUCAUCUUUAAGCGAACAAGAGGAGUUAACAGUCAAUUCUGAAUUUGAACAACUUAAAGAAAACAUAUAUUCAAGUAAUAAUAAUCAGGAGAAAUUAACAUUUCAAGACUUUGCCUGUUACGAUUCUUUAAAAGCCCUUUUCACCGCUUUUGUUCUAAUGGCUUUAAACCAAUUUUCCGGCAGUUUUGCUUUUCUCAACUAUAUGUCGGAAAUAUUUGCUCAGUCGGGUACAGAUAUUCAUCCUAAUACCUGCAGCAUUAUCAUGGGUAUAGCUCAGAUUACGGGCACUUUUAUCAGUGUAAUAUUAGUGGAUAAUUUUGGUCGUAAAUUGUUAAUGUUAAUAUCCUCAGGUGGCAUGGCUCUGAGUCUUUUCGGUUUAGGACUAUACAUACAAUUUACCACAUCGACUUUGAAAUUGGAAUAUAAUUGGUUGCCUUUAGUUAUCAUGACAUUUAUCAUAUUAAUAUCCAGUAUAGGGGUAACAGGCCUAGUAUUCACUAUAAUAGUGGAAAUUUUACCCGCCAAGAUUCGCGCCCCUGCUAUAUCUAUGUCUAUGGCCUGCAUGAGUUUUAUGGUUUUCGUUGCCUUGAAAAUAUUUCCACUUUUAUUGGAAAAAUAUGGUCUAGCCAUAGUUUUAUUCUGCUGUGGUAGUGUUUCCAUUAUUGGUUGGGUUUAUAUGUUGCUCUUUUUAAAGGAAACUAAAGGUAAAACCUUGGAUAAGUGA